GCUAUAUGUACGCAAUGAACGACGAAGUAAAGUGUCAUGUUUACCUUUUUGUUGACAAAAUUUCCCAUAUGAUUAUGGUUCAAUUACUGUGAUUCUUUUAUAUUUCCUCGCAACAUUCAUGAAAGUGUAUAGCUUUACCACCUGUCUUGAUCUCGCUUGAGAGAAAAAUGUCUUCAAGCUCUGUAGAAGACAUUCCGGAGCAUUGUAAGGAUCUGUUUACGCAAGAUGGCGUGCUCCUCAAGGCGUGCAUGGGCCGUCCCAUCACAGACCUCAACUCGAUCGGCAUGCUAUGCGUGGUGCUCAACCCCAACGGCAGCAAAUGCAUCGAGUGGCGGCCCAACGACCUCAUCACGAUCGACUCUGACACGCAGGACCAGGAGUGGGCCGUGGUCAACACUAUAGGUCGAAGACAGCGUACUCUUAGCGGCAACAUCACGUCGGAUUAUGCCAACGCUCGCUCCCGUAUCAUCAAAAUAGCCCUCGACGAUCUAAAAACCUUCAGAGUCACUCGCAACAACCAGCAAAUGCAGUUCUCCACCAAACCGGGCAUUUGGCAGACAACGUUCUACUUCCAACACGGGAACGCAGAAAUAUUUGUCGCCAAUUUGAAGAACCACAUCAAAACAGCCAAGACCAGACAUGACAGAAACACAUAUGUGGUAAUCGAGCCAAAUGUGGAAACUCAAGUAUUGAAUAAGAGUUUUGCAGAACUAGAUAUCUUCACGGAGAACACUACAGACGUUGUUUGGAAUCUGGUGUCGAAUUUCAAGCAGAGGCCGUAUGAGACUACUAUGACUGCGUUUUCUAAACUUACAGAUAUUGUAUAUUUCGGCAACGAGGCUAACGGUAAACGGGACGUAUCAGAAGAGGUGGCAGACUUACUCACAAAAAGCAUGAGUGCACUGGAAGAAGCGACUACAGUCACUAAGUCUGACGAGUACGAAGUCAUCAGCGUCAAACCAACUCUGCCGCCGAGACCCAUCAUACCAAGAGGUACUCCACUAUCUACUGAGAAGUGGGAUGGUCUGCAGGACACUGAAGGCAGAGUCAUGGAGGUUGACGGCGUGAAACAGCUCAUCUUUAGAGGGGGUGUAGCCCACUCCAUACGUCAGUCGGUCUGGAAAUAUUUACUAGACUACACUCCCUGGCACAUGACUCACGCAGAAAUACGAUCCUUACAACGCAAGCGCACAGAGGAAUACUUCUCCAUGAAGCUACAAUGGCGAUCAAUGACCGAAGGCCAAGAGUCCAGGUUCUCAGAGUACAGAGACCGAAAGAGUCUGGUCGAGAAAGACGUUGCGAGGACAGACCGGACUCACCCCUUUUUCGCUGGUGAUAAUAAUCCUAACCUCGCGGUGCUGCAGGAUAUUCUGAUGACGUAUGUCAUGUACAAUUUUGACCUCGGCUACGUGCAAGGCAUGAGCGAUAUUUUGGCGCCGUUGUUGCUGCUUUUGGGGAAUGAGGUGGACAGUUUUUGGUGCUUCGUCGGGUUCAUGGAAAGAAUUGCAUACAACUUCGACAUGGACCAGGCGGGCAUGAAGCAGCAGCUCCUGCAGUUGCAGCAGCUGCUGACGUUCUGCAGCCCGGAGCUGGCGCAGCACCUGGCGCAGAAGGACUCCGGGAACAUGUACUUCUGCUUCCGCUGGCUGCUGGUCUGGUUCAAGCGGGAGUUCUCCUUUAGGGACAUAAUGAGGUUAUGGGAAGUCCUGUGGACGGGAUUGCCUUGCGCCAACUUCCACCUGCUUAUAUGUGUUGCGAUACUCGACGCCGAAAAGGACACCAUUAUUAACAAUAAUUAUGGUUUCACUGAAAUAUUAAAGCACGUAAACGACCUAUCAAUGUGUUUGGACGUCGACAAAAUACUAAGCACAGCAGAGGGCAUAUACCACCAAAUAAUAUCAGCGCACCACCUAACAGACCAAAUCCGAAUCAUACUGGGAAUGGACCCUCUCAACGUGUCCGUGUCUACGAAUUCGGACGACGAACCCACCACGAGCGGAGCUAACGGUACGGAGAAAAGUGAGACCCGGGACCCACUCUCGGACCCAGGGAUGGAUGAAGUUAUGUAUCAAAUAGGAUUAGACAUGAAUUUUUGAGCACUCAGUGAAUAUUAUAUGUAUUCAUACGAUUGUAGAUUAGAUUUGUUGUGUAGAUAAUUUAGAUCGACGUUCCGAAACCAAACCAUUUGAAAACAGUGGUCGGGAGUACGUUUUGUGGCAUGGCAUUGAUUUUUUUCUCAUGUAACAUAACAAAUGCAUAUUUUUACAAUAGUAAUUGUGAUAUUCAUUCAAGUAGACGUGUGAGUAAUGUGCUAUUUGGUGUUGGUUUUACGUUUCUGUAGUUAAUAUAUUACGAAAUACUGCUAUUAAGCAGCCAAUAAUAUUCUACACAUAAAAAUGCAACUUAUGUAUGGUUUUUACUUCCGCACGCGUUAAAAGAAAUACCUACUGUCAAUGCACGUGUCUUCCAGUGUGAUAACAAGAUAUGUUGUAUUUUUUAUUACUAUCUGUAUUCUGUUGUAGUUAACUUAUGUGUAAGUGAUGGAUAGUUUUUGAAAACUCGUAUGAUUAUCAAAAUAUAUCUUAGUGAUUUAUACAUUUUAUAAUAUUUGUUAAGACUAUCAAAACAUUAUUUAUCGUCGACUUCCUUUUCGCCAAAACUAAGUCCCUGGUCUCGCAGAUGUCCUUCUAAGACCAAUUCAUUUUUAGUAACCGUUAAAAAGCGACUUGUUGCUUGGUGUUCUAAAUCUAAGCCAUAAGCCCUUCUGUUUUAUAGUCGUAUAUCCUGCUUGAUAAACUUGAAUCUUAAUCUCUUUUAAUUACACAUUUCCGAUCUAAAAUAAGCUAGUGUUUUAAGAGCAUAUUUGCACUUCACUAUAUGAAUAUUUCAUGCCUAAGCUCCAAGAGCAAUAACGACUGAUUUCUGUAAGAAUUUCAGAUGAAUUAUUGAUGUUGAAACAUAAGAACCCUAUCUAUGUAUGGAAUUCCACAUACACGUAUCGUCUCACGGCCUCACAACGUUUAUUUGACAUUACCCAUGUCCUUAGAUUAACCUAAUCCGAGCCAUCGUACAAGUUAUUGGGUUUACAAAAGUUAUCCUAUCUAGUUAUCUCUUGUUCUAUUGCAUUAUUGUACAUACAUUUUCAAUCAAUUUAUUUUUGCCUGACUUCUAUAUCUUUAUUAAAAAAAAGCUUUUUUUUUACAGGAACUCGAAUAUAACGGAUUAAAAA